CACUCACGUUUCUCAGUUGCUGCUGCUGCUGCUGGUGCUCCAUCCCGCCGCCGGCGCACGGCCUACGUCACCUCCGUUACGGCUUCUCGGCACCGCCCCGGAAGUAGUCUCUCGCCGCUCUCCAAGGACUGAGGGGUGGGCUCAAGGAUCGUCCUGCCACCAACUGCCGACGUCACUUCCGCCCUUAUAAUCUGCGACGUGGCCGGCUUCUUCUGCCCGGAGAGGACGUCACUUCCGCCGAUUCCCUGACCUGCUGCUAGGAUCGCGACGGGAACUGGAGCCCGAGGUCCCCGAGCGGCCCGGGCCUGGCGCCCUGAGGGGAAGAGCGGCCCGGCCCGAGGGUGCUGGAGUGGAGAUCUUGACUCCAGUACCUUCCCUAGCCAUGACGGACGGGAUCCUAGGGAAGGCAGCCACAAUGGAGAUCCCCAUCCACGGGAACGGCGAAGCUGGGCAGCUUCCUGAAGAUGAUGGACUGGAGCAGGACCUUCAGCAGGUGAUGGUGUCAGGACCCAACCUCAAUGAAACCAGCAUUGUAUCUGGUGGCUAUGGAGGCUCUGGUGAUGGACUCAUCCCCACAGGGAAGUCAUUUUCAAGUACUGGGAGGAAGGUACGGGUGGGACCACAGAGGCAUUUGGUGUAUCUGAGAGAGGCUAGUGUCAGAGAACUUGAUCCUUUAGGGUCUGGCCGCCAUCCAUCUCACAGCACCACUCCUGCUGGCCCUGGAGAUGAGGUAGCUCGGGGCAUCGCUGGAGAAAAGUUUGACAUCGUCAAGAAAUGGGGUAUCAACACAUAUAAGUGCACAAAGCAGCUGUUAUCAGAACGAUUUGGCCGAGGCUCCCGGACUGUGGACCUGGAGCUAGAGCUGCAGAUUGAGUUGCUGCGUGAGACAAAGCGCAAGUAUGAGAGUGUACUGCAGCUGGGCCGGGCACUGACAGCCCACCUCUACAGCCUACUGCAGACCCAACAUGCACUGGGUGACGCCUUUGCUGACCUCAGCCAGAAGUCUCCAGAGCUUCAGGAGGAAUUUGGCUACAAUGCAGAGACACAGAAACUGCUAUGCAAGAACGGGGAGACGCUGCUAGGGGCUGUGAACUUCUUUGUCUCUAGCAUCAACACGUUGGUAACCAAGACAAUGGAAGACACACUCAUGACUGUGAAACAGUAUGAGGCUGCCAGGCUGGAAUAUGAUGCCUACCGAACAGACUUAGAGGAGCUGAGCCUAGGCCCCCGGGAUGCAGGGACACGUGGUCGACUUGAGAGUGCCCAGGCCACUUUCCAGGCCCAUCGGGACAAGUAUGAGAAGCUUCGGGGAGAUGUGGCCAUCAAGCUCAAGUUCCUGGAAGAAAACAAGAUCAAGGUGAUGCACAAGCAGCUGCUGCUCUUCCACAAUGCUGUGUCCGCCUACUUUGCUGGAAACCAGAAACAGCUGGAGCAGACCCUGCAGCAGUUCAACAUCAAGCUGCGGCCUCCAGGAGCUGAGAAACCCUCCUGGCUAGAGGAGCAGUGAGCAGCUCCCCGCCCAACUUGGCUAUCAAGAAGGACAUUGGGAAGGACAGCCCCAGGGUGGGGGAGAUUGGACAUGGAACAUCCCUUGCCACUUGCUCUCUGGCUUGGGCUCCCUCUUUCUGGUUGGGGCCUGUCACCAGUUUUGCCCACAUUGCUGUGGUGGGAAGAGGACCUGCAGGCCCAGAAACUGCUGCUCUGUCCUUUAUCUUCCUGGCCACUGGGCUUCAUUCCCAGAUCUUUUUUUUUCCACUCCACAGCCAAAGGCUAUGAUAAAACCACUCCUUAGCCAAUGGCAUCACUCCUCAGGCUGGGGUGUGCCCCCUGACCAAUGGCAGAGCCUCAAAAGGCCCUGUCAGCCAAUGGCAGCUCUUCUUGGGCUCCCCUGGGCCAAUGAUGUUGCCUCCAAUACCCUUUGUCUGUCCUCUAUGCGUGCCCAUUGCAGAGAAGGGGACUGGGACCAAAGGGGUAGGGAUAAUAGGGAGCCCUGUUUCUGGUCUUGCAUCUGAAUGGGCCUCCUCUCACCCACCCACCCAGUUUAAUUGUGCUUAGAGCCCAGGAAGAUUGGGAUCUAGCACUAGGAAUAAACCUUUCAUAAAAGCAGGCCCAGUGAGGUCAAUUUGUGGGGGAUUCUAGGAGGGAGGGCUGGGUAGAGAAAUGCUCAGUCUAAUCAUACACCAAAAUCCUUCACAUCAAAAGAACCGGCGCCAGUCUGAGGGCUCAGUCUUCUUCCCCAGCCCCAGUUGGAGCCAAAGCUUUAUUUGUUCUUCAGCCAGCACCACGAUAGUUAUGGAUCUUAAGAGCACAGAAUCCAGAGGGGGUUGGGUUUACUGACCAUCAUGCAUUCAUUCAUACAGCAAAUAUUUACUGAGUGCUUUUAUUUAGCCAGGCACUGCAUUAGACCCUGGGGAAACAACAGUGAAUACAACACAGUCCCUGCCCACAGUGCUUAAGGCCUAGUGGGGGAUAGAGACAAGUAACCAAGCAACUAUAAUGCAGUGAUAAGUCCUAGGGUACAGGUGCAGUGGCAGUGCAGGGCACAGUGUAGAGGAGUGGAAAUGGGGAUGCCAAUUUGAAAGCUGAGACCUGAAGGAUGAGUAGACAACAGCCAGCCAAAGAAGAAAAGGAAGAAAAUCACAGGCAGAGAGGCCAACAUAUACGAAGACUCUGAGCAGAUUGGGAGGAAUUCAGUUUGGAAUGAAAAAUGAAGGGGGUGUGGCUAGAAGACUGCAGGCUGCGUAAGGAUUUUUGCCCUCUGGACAAAGAGCUCUGAAGCCUUUUAUGUAGAAAUUUGACAGAAUGAGAGAAGUCUAGGGUUGAGAAAAGUAGUCCUUUUGGGGCUUAAUAUUGUGUCCUAUAGACCUCAGUUCCUUCACCUUGGGUAAUCUCGUAGUUCUAGCCCAAAACUAGCAUGAACCUUGUCUGAGGCUCCUUCACAAGCACUGGAGCUCCUGUGCUGCAUUGGUUGAGCCUAAAUCUGAACUUUAUGUGAGAAGUCACAAGAAAGCUCCCUAACAGCACUUUGGUUUGGUCAGGGCUCAGGUGUCAUCGUUCCUGUGCCCUUUGGUCAAGGGAGCUCCAGAAUUUUUCACCAUUCCCCACCUCUGGAAGGCUGGAGGAAGGGGACAACCCAGUCAGCAGAUUCUCACAGCACUGGGAUUCACACAAGCCUGACUUUGCUCUUUGUCACAGAUACUACAGCUCCCAGACAGGCUUCUGGGCUUUGGUCAGCCUGCAGUCAGUCAUCUGCAUAGGGCUUGGUAUUUGUGGGGGGAGGGAGGUAGUCCUCAUAUAAACAUCCACUUUAGGGGCCACUGGGGAUUUUUUUCUACAUGGAAGGUACUGAAUCUCCGAAUGUUGGUGGUGGAACCUAAAAGCAGGGCUCAAAUCCAGGUUCCACCACUUUCUAGCUGAGUGCUCAAGGCUAAUAUUUGGGGGAGCUAGAGACCCGUUUCUUCCUCUGUAAAACAGGGCUAAUAAACUACCUACUGCGGUUACGACUAUUAAAUAA